CCCGCAGGCUCUGUUGAUGUAGUGGCACUUUGGCCGGCAACGGACGUUUGUCACCGUCAAACCGCUCGGAGCUUUGCCAGGGGAAGGCGGGACCCGAUUUCAACUCGUUUUUUUUUUCUCUUUCCUGGAGUGGAAAGGGAACACAUGUGAAAGAUGCCGGCCGGUACUUUGGAACGAACGACUUCAUCCGCGCCCGGUGAGAGCUCCGCGGUGGAAAGUGCGCGGAGUCAGACGACGGGCAGAAAGUCUUCCAAACCUAUUAUGGAAAAGCGAAGACGGGCGCGAAUCAACGAGAGUCUGGGCCACCUAAAGACGCUCAUCUUGGAUGCACUCAAGAAAGAUAGCUCCAGACACUCCAAACUGGAGAAGGCGGAUAUCCUUGAGAUGACCGUGAAGCACCUCAGGAACCUGCAACGAUUCCAGAUGACAGCCGCCGCGACCGCAGACCCGUCCGUCCUGGGUAAAUACCGGGCCGGUUUCAGUGAGUGCGUGGGCGAGGUCACCCGUUACCUGUCCACGUGUGACGAGGUCAACUCUGAGGCCAGGACGCGCCUGCUCAGCCACCUGGCGGCCCGCGUCUCCCAAAUGUACGCGGUCAACUUCUACACGCCUCACUCGGGCCCGCUCGGACAAACUGGCGUCAACACCCCUCGGGUUCCCUGCAAAAACGUCGCGCAGACACGACCGCCGGCAGACACGCUGAAUCUCCACGGCAGCUACAAGGUGGUCCCGACUCCCGAUGGACAUUUUGCGUUUCUUGUUCCCAGUGCGGCUCUCGCACCUUUGGGCGCACAAGGCAGCUGUUACGUGCCCCCCGGUGCGCCUCCGCUCACUUCAGACUCUGUGUGGAGACCCUGGUAGAGUGGGAAGGCAAAAUUGGACUAUUGCAUCAUUUGACUUGAUUUUUAUACUUUUUGUACAUGUACAGGAGAGAAUAAUGUUGACAUUUUUGUUUUGUUUUUUACCUGAAGGAAAGUUGACCGACUUGAUGUCAUCAGAGCUGUUUCAGUGUUUCCCCAACUUUCUUGAGCCGAGGCACAUCACGAAACAAAAAUGUCACAGAAAAGUGUCUCGAUGCAGAAAUAAUGUUUCAAUCGACACACAAAUUGACUUUGUGACAAAUCCGAGUGUGGUUGAGCACAAAGCCGUUAUCGUGUUGCGGGAAUGGCAACAGGUGGCUCUGCGGGUUAAUUGUACAUUCCGCCA